GCUUGAGCGGCUCGGGAAGUGGCAGUUGGCGUUGGUGGCGUUCGGAGUUCGGGUGAAGUAGCUGGAGUCUUCGGCGGGCUCGCGAGCCCGGCCGCGACCUACUGGCGUCAGUGAUGGCUCAGGAAGCAAUGGAAUAUGAUCUUCAGGAACAGUUAAAUCAUGCUGCAGAACAGCCAGCUCCUGCUGACAUGGCCAGCAGCCAAGGGGGACCAGCCCUCCUCCAGCUUGUUCCUGCUGAUGUGCUUAGCAGCCAAAGGGGACCACCUAUCCUCCAGCCAUCUCCUGCUGAAGUGGUCAGUAGCCAAGGGGAACCAGUCCUGCUCCAGCCUGCUCCUGCUGAAGUGGCCAAUAGCCAAGUGAGACCACCCCUGCUCCAUCCUUCUCCUGUUGAAGUACCCAAUAGCCAAGUGAGACCACCCCUGCUCCAACCUGCUCCACAACUGUCCAUUGACCUAACAGAAGAAGUCGAGGUUGUGGGCGAAGACAAUGUGGAGAACAUCAGUCCAGGGGUUUCAGAACAACAUAGUCAGGCGUCUGGUGCUAAUCACAACAUCCGAGCAUCUUCAUUGCAUUCAAUGUCCAGCUUCAUCAGUGGGCUACAGAGACUUCAUGGCAUGCUGGAAUUCCUAAGACCUGCCCCUUCAAACCACAGUGCAGGCCCAAUAAGAACAAGAAGGAGGAUACCUGCUUCACGGAGGACAAGAGCCGGAGGAUCUCAGAGGACAGCCAGUGCCAGGUUGAGAGCACGAUUGGAUGCUUACUUUCAGGUGAGCAGGACCCAGCCUGACAUGCCAGCUACCAGUUACAAUUCAGGGACUAGGAAUCCUAUGUCUGAAGACUUGGAGAUAUCCAGUAGUUCUGAUUCUGACAGUGACAGCUCUACAGAGUAUGGAGAGGUUGUUGACCAGACAGAGGAAUCUGGAGCUGUCAUUUCAGAAGAGCAACUCGCAGGUGUCUCGGCAGAGCAAGAAGUUACAUCUAUCAAUGGAGGUGAAACCCUCCCCAAACAGCCAUCUUCCCAGAAGUCCAAUCCUCUGCCACCUUCUGCUUCUGUGGAUGAAGAAGAAGGGGACACUUGCACAAUAUGUCUGGAACAGUGGACCAAUGCUGGGGACCACCGGCUCUCAGCAUUACGCUGUGGGCAUCUCUUUGGGUAUAAGUGCAUUUCCACAUGGCUCAAAGGACAAGUACGAAAAUGUCCCCAGUGCAACAAGAAAGCCAAGCACAGUGACAUUGUUGUUCUUUAUGCCCGAACCCUACGAGCUUUGGACACCAGUGAACAGGAGCAUAUGAAAAGUUCCCUACUGAAGGAGAAGAUGCUAAGGAAGCAGGCCGAGUUAGAAUCAGCACAGUGCCGGCUCCAACUGCAGGUCCUCACUGAUGAGUGCACUAGGCUUCAAAGCCGUGUUCAGGACUUGCAAAGACUUAUGUCACAUCAAAAUCAGAACUUAAAGCAACCCAGGGGCUCCCAAGCAUGUGUCCUGAGUGGCUUACCCUCCAGCCAGGGCCAGCACAAGUACCACUUCCAAAAGACCUUCACAGUAUCUCAGGCAGGAAACUGCCGGACCAUGGCAUACUGUGAUGCCCUGAGCUGCCUGGUGAUAUCACAGCCUUCUCCUCAGGCCUCUCUUCUUCCAGGCUUUGGUGUUAAGAUGUUGAGUACUGCCAACAUGAAAAGCAGUCAGUACAUUCCGAUGCACGGCAAACAGAUCCGUGGACUAGCUUUUAACAGUUGCUCCAGAGGCUUACUACUGUCUGCUUCCCUAGACAACACUAUUAAACUGACCAGCCUGGAGACAAACACCGUGGUCCAGACUUACAAUGCUGGACGUCCUGUCUGGAGCUGUUGCUGGUGUCUUGAUGAGAAUAACUACAUGUAUGCUGGACUGGCCAAUGGUUCAAUUCUAGUAUAUGACAUGCGAAACACCAGCAGUCAUGUCCAGGAGUUAGUAGCUCAGAAAGCCAGAUGUCCACUGGUCUCCCUGUCAUACAUGCCCAGAGCUGCCUCGGCUGCAUUUCCAUAUGGUGGGGUGCUGGCUGGAAACUUGGAGGAUGCUUCCUUCUGGGAACGGAAAAUGGACUUUACUCACUGGCCUCAUGUGCUGCCCUUGGAGCCAGGGGGCUGCAUAGACUUUCAGACAGAAAACAGCUCCCGGCACUGUCUUGUGACCUACAGGCCUAAUAAAAAUCAUACCACAAUACGAAGUGUGCUGAUGGAAAUGUCCUACAGACUGGAUGACACUGGAAAUCUGGUCUGCUCCUGCCAGCCUGUACAUACAUUUUUUGGAGGACCCACUUGCAAACUGUUGACCAAAAAUGCCAUUUUCCGAAGCCCAGAGAAUGAUGGCAACAUCCUGGUCUGUACUGGGGAUGAAGCAGCAAAUUCUGCCCUGCUGUGGGAUGCUUCCAGUGGCUCGUUGCUCCAGGAACUACAGACUGCUCAGCCUGUCUUGGACAUCUGCCCAUUUGAGGUAAAGCCUUCCCUAUAUGAAGCUGAUGUUUGAUUCCAGUUUCCUCUGAUUUGCCUCCCUAACCUUUUCUUAAAAUGUUGUUAAUAAAAGGCUAUUCUCAGGAAUAGUGUUUGGGAAACCUAUGUGAAUGGCAGGGAGGUACCCACCAACAUUCAAUCCAUACCUGGGAGCAUCACUUCUCUCCAAUAGAGGGCUGAGUUAUAUUUUAUUUUUUUGCUUUGCUUAGACUGCUUCCCAAAACCACUGUCCUCAACAGAAUAUGCUUAAAGAUGUGGGCAGGUCAGUGUCUGCAGUCUUUAUUUUCUCAAAUGAUUGGUGAAGAGAUGUUAUUGUUUUUAUUAUAA